AUGGCGAAUCUGACAACCAGCUCACAAAUUUGCAUCAGAAUCGUCAUAGCUUUUCUCCAGUUCCUUUCAACUGUUCAAGCUGGUAACAAAGAAGAGAAAGAGCGAAUUAAAAGUGUGGCCAAAAUUCUGAAAGAGAUUUUCAAGAUUAGCCAAGAAAUGGUGGAAGAUGAUCAGAAACUUAGGAGGCCUGGUGGGAUUCUCGUAACUUUGUUUAGCACGCCUCAAGAUGAUAAUACUGAAGAACUUGAGGAGUCUGAGAAUGAACCUUGUAGCUCCACUGCACCAACUACUAAACGAACCUCUUCUUCAAAAGGAGGCGUAAUGGUGGCGGGUAGGAACAUGGCAAACUUACAGAAAGAUUUCAAACAAGCAGUAUUAAAGAAUGGAGGUCUCGAAUAUCUGGUUGGUCACAACAACCCCAAAAAGAGAAUCCAUGGCAUUAUUGGGAAAAUUUUCAACGAAGCUCUCGGGGUGAUUCGACAAGAAAAACCUUUCAGAUUUAACAUGAAGGACGUGGCUGAGACGCUCAAAACACUGGGGAACAAGGCCAUGGAAACCAAUUGUUACACCAAAGCUGCUGAAUUUUACAGUUGUGCUAUUGCAAUUAACGUGGACAAUGCUGUCUACUAUUGCAAUAGAGGGGCGGCAUUGAUUAAAAUGGGGAGGUUUCAUGAAGCCGUUCGUGACUGCUGUAAAGCAAUUAUCCUGAACCCUACCUACAUAAAAGCUUACUAUCGCUUAGGUUUAGCUUACAGUGAACAAGGAAAAUUCUUUGAUGCUAUAUGCGAUGGUUUCUUAAGAGUUUUGCAGCUAGAGGCCAUGAAUAAAGCUGCCUUGGCCCAAAUUGAGCUAGCAGAAGGCAGACUGAGUGAACAACUUUCUUGGUUGGACGAUAAGCUUGAAGAUCUGAGGAAAAGUGGUAUGAUUAGCCGAUGCCGGAAAGUAGGAAUCAAGGAAGGGACAACAAUAGUGUAUAAAGGGAAAGCAGAAGAUGGUGAUUCUGAGAAAUUUGUGUUGCUUGAAGACGAGGUCGAUACUUCCAACAUUAACAUUGAAGAAGAGACCAUGAGUAUUGCAGAAUUUAUCGACCUCUUCUCUAAUUCCAACAUGGCUCCUUAA